AUGGCGAUGGACUAUUCGAGCCUCCGGGCAGCCGCUUUGCGCGACGGUGAAGACGAAGAGGCUGUCACCGUUGAUACCCGCGCUCUGAUCGACAAAGUUCUGGCUCGAUAUUCGGGAGAGUGGACGACUUUACGAGAACUCAUACAGAAUGCCGCCGAUGCGCAGGCCACGACUGUCUCGAUCAAGUGGGAGACGCAUCCUUCGACAAGCGUUCCUCUUCCCAGCAAUGCGAGCCGAUCCGAGCUGCUGAAGCACACGAUAGCCAACCAUACACUGCGGCGACUGGUUGUCCAGAAUGAUGGCCAGCCUUUCACACAAACUGACUGGGGCCGCCUCAAGCGAAUCGCUGAAGGAAACCCCGACGAAACCAAGAUUGGAGCGUUCGGUGUUGGCUUCUACAGCGUCUUUGCUGACUGCGAGGAGCCCUUUGUUAGCUCUGGAAGCGAGGCCAUGGCUUUCUACUGGAAGGGGAACUCUCUGUUUACCAAGAAAUCUCAUCUGCCUGAAGAUAAAUCUUCGCCCUAUACAGCGUUCGUGCUAGACUAUAGAAAUACGACGACUCCCAUGCCGAACCUGCUGUCUAUAAGCCAGUUUCUGGCCACAAGUCUCACAUUCGUUGCGCUGGAGAAGAUGGAGUUUUGGAUAGACGAUCAUUUGAUUAUGUCUCUUCACAAGAAGACAUCGCCAAGCGUUGACCUGGCCUUGCCUCGUGACCUUGAACCGCGGACAAAGGACAACAUUAUGAAAGUAGCAAGUGUAGGUCGUACGAGCACUCAGAUUGACGCAUCCUUCAUGAAUGCGGUUGGAUGGAAGCCGCAAGCAGCAGCAUCUACGGCGAAAUCUUCAGACUCGUAUGGUACAAACGAUGCUCCCUCUCUCAAGUCGUUCUUUGCCAGAUUCGCUGCUUCCGCGUCAAACAGCAACCUCCUAAAGACUAAGCAGCAGGCAGAAGAGAGCCAGGCCCAGACAAAGAUUACAGAGGAUGUUACCAAAUUAAACACCGCCACUAUAUUCCUUAGGGCCACCACUGCCAGCAUCAAGACUCACGUAUCAUCUUCAUUUUCGGCUGAGCUUGAGCGUGCUACGAAGAAACCUCCUCCAAAAACUACCAAGAUAUCUAUUCUCACAACAUCAUACGAUGAGGCGGAAGCUUCAAAUACCUCGUCGGCAGAAAGCGGCGCUUUUGCCAAAGCAAUAGACGUAUUUGCCUCCGUGCUGCCAAGCAAAAAGCCGGGUGGCCGAAUCUUUAUCGGAUUCCCUACCAUGCAGACAACAGGCGCUGGCAUGCAUAUUUCCGCCCCCUCUGUAAUUCCCACCGUGGAGAGAGAGGCUAUUGAUUUGAAUGCUCGCUGGGUCAGGACGUGGAACGUUGAACUUCUUCGCGCGGCAGGUAUCAUAGCGAGAAUAGCCUUUGCCAACGAGAUGGACGACCUCGACCACAGGAUCCGACAAUCAUCUGAAGCCGGCAAGAAGAUAUCCGCCGAGAUUGUUGAUAAAUUCAUGCCCGAGGCGCUCCAUACGCUGAAAACCUUUUCCUUUGCUGACUCUACGCCGAGCAGCCAGGUCGGGCAGAUUAUCGAAGAGGCGUUCUGGACAUGCUUCAAGAAGGCUUCUAUAGAAAUGUACUCAAGCCGAGGUGUGUUGCAAACUUCGCAGGUUCGGCUGGGUUCGGAGGAGUUGAGUUCAUUCGUGGAUAGCAUCCCAGUUGUGCCUCAAGACAUGAAGAAUGCGCCAUUCGUCAAGAAGCUUAUCGAUUUUGGUCUCAUCUCUCACAUCACCGUCACCGAUGUCAAGCAAGAGUUGGAAGCCAAGGCACUCACUAAAUCUCAGGCCAUCAAUUUCAUCAAAUGGGCGGGCAAGAAGAGUUUAAUUGGCGAGAUUGACCCGGGAAGCAGAGCUGCCCUGAUGGACGUCGCUGUCGCCACUCUAAGCGAUGAGAAUGAUCAGGGUGAAAUCGUGGCUCUCGGCAGCAUAAGCAAUUACCUCAGUCUUGCAAAGAUUCCUGCAAACAUGCCUGUUCCCCCAACGACUGUUCCAUUCGCUCUUAUUGUGAACAUCAGCGCAUCUGAGCUGGAAGCUCUUGGAUGGGAACCAUUGGAGAUUGUACCAUGGCUGCGUUACCUCAUCGAGACGACGAAUUCUAGGCUUGAGGAGGAGAGCGUCACUAGGUCAUCCAAAUUUGCCAUUUCUGUUCUCACCGUUCUCUCCAAGAACUGGGAGAAUAUGACCAUGAUCGGUAGGGGCACCGUGCUGAGUCUUGUCCAACCGACCCCAAUGAUACCGACCAAACUGGGCCUGAAGAAGCCGACGGAAUCUUUCUUUGCGUCUGUCAAACUUUUUGACGAUUUGCCGGUCAUCCAAGGUUGCGAGAAGGUUAAAGAGAAGUUCUUGGCCGCUAUGGGCGUACGAAAGACGGUUGAUCUGGAAACCAUCUUUACCCGCUUGCUUAACGCCUCGGGAGAGGAUGGCCAAAAGAAAUGGAGUCAUAUGGAGCUUAUCAAGUACCUUGCCUCUGUGCAGAGUGACAUUCCUUCGGACGAUCUUAGGAAGUUGAAAGAUUCCAGGAUCUGUCCUGCUGAGGCAGGACCUAAGGGCAUGGAGCCUACCAAGGCCACAACGAAGCUGUACAAGGUUUCGGAGCUGUUUGAGCCCAAGGAUUCUCUCCGAUCCCUCCAACUGCCCAUCAUUCAGUGGCCUGGGCCUCCUGGCAGCUUUCGCCCAAGCAGCCCCGAGGCUCGUUUCCUGACAGUCCUUGGCUUGCGGACUUUCCCUUCCGUCCCUGAGCUAGUGGAUAUGAUGUCGUCGAGCGAUCAAGCCUUGAGGACUUCAGCCAUGACUUACUUUAUUGCUAAUCAUCAUACAAAUCGAUAUGCCGCUUUUGAUCUCAGUGAUUGCCGCAAGCCCAUUUUGCCGCUUCAGGGAAGCACCAAGUUGGUCACGCCAGCUGCAUGCUUUACGAAUGAGAGAGCAUCCGUGCUAGGGUUUGAGAUUCUGAGCCGUGAUCUUCAUGAUCAUGCCAACAAAUUCGGUGUCGCUCGAGAUCCGCCCAUGGCCGAGUGCGUGAAUCGUCUGUUGGCCAAUCCUCCAAAGAACUAUCAAUCCGCUGUGACGCUCUUUAGCUAUUUUGCCUCUCGAAUCAGCGAGCUUGGAGAAAGUAGUCUUGUCAAGCUUCGAACUGCUGCGAUCAUUCCUGUGAAGCGGUCGGCUGGAUCAGAAAAGUCCGGCUCAGGCACAUCCUAUAUCAGCCCAUCGCGAGCAUAUUUGGGGACGUCUUCCACAUAUGGCGAUAUUUUCGACUUUGUGGACUUUGGCCAGGAUGGAAAUGCAUUCUUGUUCAAAUGCGGCGCCAAGAGCGAGCCAACCAAAGUGGAGGUUGCAUAUAUGACGUGCAACGAGCCAGCAAGGCUUCUCAGCGUGUUACAAAGUCCUGAAAAAUACUUGGAUCUGCUUAAAUCUUUAGCCGAGUCUGCUUCGACGUUACAGCGUGACAAGGAGCUUUGGCGGAGACUAAAGAGCUGUGCCUGUCUUCUCGCCUACAAAGAACUCGUGGCGCCGUCCAAGGGCGGCAGCAACGAUUUGGAUGAAGAGGAGGCUCCGAUCAAGCAAUAUGAGCUUGCCGCUGCUAAUCAAAUAGUGGUUCUGGACGAUAUUAUCAGCUAUCGCCUUUUCAAGGAGUAUUUGAUAUGUGCUCCCGAGGAGGACAUCCUGGAGACGUUUUAUCUGAAACUUGGUGCGACGAGACUAAGCAGCAUAGUCCAAGAAGAUGUGCGCAUUGGACCUCAUACAGGACAGCUGCCGAAGGCUGAGUCGCUCAAGAAGCAUGUUCUUGAACGAUCCAAGAUCUUCUUGUACGAGUAUGCCAACUAUCGCAGGGAUGCUAUCAAGCACGAUGCGAAGUGGCUUGAGAAGAAUCUGACGGUGGAAGUGGUUCGAUCAGUGGCGCUUCGACGCAGCUUGCAGGGCCAUAGGCAAACUCACACUGAGAGGCGCUCUGCGGCCGCUACUUACACCAACCGAUCAUGGGUAUUGUAUGUGGCGGAUGACGGAAAACCAGACAUGUACCAGGUUGGUCAAGCCAUAUGCCAGAUGCUGCUCGACAGACCAAACCAGCAAGCAUACCUGUUCUUUGAACCGUUCCUCGCACUCGACCUUCUCCAAUUGAGGUCGCGUGGGUACAAUGUUGACCGAAUCCUUCGAGCAAAGGCUGCCGAACAGAGAAUUGCUGAAGCGGAGAGGCGCAAAGCGUUGGAAGAAGAACAAAGGCAGAUUCGGGAACGAGAGCAGAGUUGGGCACAGCAAGCCCAAUCUGACCGUUCCAAGGAUCCGCAACUUCCACAGGCAGCCGAAGCUGCUCGAGAAGCUCCUAAAUCUCCAUCCAUGCCGGGAGCAUGGGACUCGACUGAAGAGAGCCCACAGGAUAAAGCCAAUAACAGGAAAAGCAGGAGCUUGUUUUCCAAUCUCAGCCGUCGACUUGGCUUUGAUGCCCAAGAUGACGACAAGAACGAUUCUCGAGGGCAAGUGGAGCAGUUUAUGGGCAACAACUCCAACACCAACGCGGGGUCAUCGUCUGGCACUGACGGGGCCGCUGGUAAUGGAAAUGGCCAGAAGGAUGAUGGCAAAGUAACGAACCCGGCCGUGGUGCAACAGAAUCUUCUCAACGCAGUCAAUGCAACCCGGGCGCACGGCUCCGACAGAGUCUUUUCUGAACCUCAGGUCAAUGAGGUCAAAGAACAGGCAACAUAUUGCGACAAGACACCGGCUCAAAACAUAAAUUUUGUGGCCGAGGCUUCCAAUGGCAUGAAGGUCUUUGUGGCCAAGGAUAUGAGUGCCAACCCAGCAGCCUUUUUGUCGGCGAAUCUGGGCGCAAUCAAUUCGUUUGCAUCGCUGCUUGUUGAGGUGGGCGCCGUUUACUCCUUGGCACCGAAAGUGCUGCACAUCUUUUACGAUGAAGCGGGCGGUACGAUUGCUUUCAAUACGGGUGGAAGCAUUUUUUGCAACCUGCGCUUCUUCCUGCAACUUCACGCGGCGCAGGUUGAUGUGCCAAACGGGGCUGGUAAAGCUGAGGCUGGGACGUGGUGGUGGGUUGUGAUGGCUCAUGAGCUGGCUCACAACUUGGUUUCGACGCACAACUCUGAUCACAGCUAUUAUACUGAAUCGUUUAUCCAGCAGUACAUGGGCAAGAUGAUGGCCAAGACUGCUCAGUGGACUCAGAGUGGUGCGUCCGGUUCAGCUGGGCUUCCUUCUCGACCAGCGGCAGAGAGACAGUCGGUCCCUUCGGAUCCCCCGCCCUCGUAUAGAGAGGCGCGAAAUGCAGCCGACUACAUGUUUGGGCCCUAA